AAGAAAAUCGUAUUGAUACAAACGAAUCGAAGACCUAUCUGAUACCUAAUUUGAUCGAAAGUGAAUCUAAGAAAAAAAUUAUGACGGACGAAAGCGAGAACGAUAGUGAUUCGGAAGAAUAUACAUUGGUUUUCUAUGACAGUGGAUCGGACGUUCAAACUGUCAUUAAUCAGGAAGGAAUCAUCGAGGACACGUCGAAUUCUCUAACGGCAUGUGAAAAUGCUGAUGAUCAAAGCAAAAUGAUUUUGGACGGUUCAAGGAUCUUUGAAAUAAAUGAUUCUACGAAUGAUCCUAUUUUAAUCAGUGACAUUUCAAACGACGUACUUUUACAAGAAAAUGACUCGAACGUAUUUAAUCGUCGAGAAAGUUUUGAGAAUCGUUCGAACGAUCAUUUGAAAGAUGACAGUUGUGCCAGUAUAGAUUUCGGGGAAUUGGAAAAAUCUUUGGACGUUUUAGAGGUCAAUGAAGAAAAAACGUCGAUAGAUUUUUCGUUUGAUUCGGAAUUGGAUAAAAUAAUUAUGGAGGAAGAGGAACAGGAAGAGGAAGAGGAAGAGGAAGAGAAACAGGAAGAGGAACAGGAAGAGAAAGGAGACAAUUUGAAAAAACAAAACGAUCUCGUAGAAGUUGGAAAACGAUUGGACAAACUGGCCUCGAUACUUUUUGAAAAUUCUAACGAAUUACGUUUCGAAAAUUUCGAAAAUAUGCUGUACUACCUCAACACGAAAGACGUUAUAAACAUAAUGAAUAUGGAAGGGAAAGGUUCUUCCGGUAGCGAUAAGUUCACGGAAAAGAUCGAAAAAGAUUUCUUUUCAGAUUUAUCGAUUGAACGUGUCGACGAGGAAAACACGAAGAACGAACAGGAAGAAUUAUUGGAAUAUUUCGAUGCUUUGGACAUAAACGAAUCUAAUAUUGACGAAAGGGAAGAAAAAUUCGUUGAAUUAACAAAUGAUAAUAUUUUAGUAGACAUGAAAGAAAUUCAUGCUAAAAAAUUGGCUAAAUUAUUAGAUUCUACACGUUACAAAUCCGAGGUGGAAGUUAAUGAAAUUUUGAAAAAAAUCAAUGAACAAAAAAUGAAGAUAGAAAAUUUGAAAAACGAGUCAUUGAAAGAUUUAGCCAUUGAAUUUAAUCGUUUCGAAGAAUUGUUGACUGAACAAAAGGCAAUUGCCGAAAUUGAAGAUUACGAAUUGAUCGACGUAAAUACAAAAUUGGACGUGGACGAAUUAGAAGAGAAUAUUGUUGAAAAUCAAAGAUCGGUAUCGCCAUUCAUCGAGAUGCCUUUAACGAAAAACGAAGUUACAGAAAAUUAUAGGAUAAAAGUGAUGGAGAAAGAUUUUAAAGAUAGGAUGAUAGACCUGAAAAAAAGGCUGCCCGAAAGUUCGGAAAUUUUAAAUGAAGGGGAUACUGUAUCUCAUAAUGUGAAUCUUGAAACUGUAAAGGUAGAUGAAAAGAUUGUUUUGGAUAAAACAAUACCGAUCGAAAUAGAGAAAAUAAUUGUGAAUGAAAGCGACGAAAAAUCAUUGAUAGAAUUUAUUAAUGAAAAUUUGAUUGAUAACAUUAUCAAUUGUAAAUUAGAUUCUAUGAUUAAUGAGAAAGCUUUGAUAGAUGUAUCGAGUGAUACAUCGAAAUCAAACGUCGAUUAUCCCGAUAACGAUAUCACGUUAAUAAUUAAAAAGGAAGAUACUAGCACCGAUUAUGACGAAAAUCAUGAAACUGAUAUAGCUAAGGUAACGACCCUAGAUCAUGAAUAUAAAAAAGAAUCGAUAGAUGCAAAUCAAAAUGAUAUUGAUAACAACGAUGACAUUAUAAAAACAAAUGUAACAUGUAAUAAUAUAUCGGAAGACAUUGUUCAAGUGGAAAUUAUCGAUGAUUUAUCAUCGUCGAAUGAAAAUUCACAAGGUCCAAUGGAUGAUAAAACCAUUGAUAAAGUUGAUUCCAACGAAUCACUUUUCGCUUAUUUAAAGGAAAAAGAGAACAGGCCGUACAUCAAAGGCAAAGUUUAUGAUUACGAUGAAAAAAAGCAUGGCGUAAGAAUGACGGAGCAGUUUAUCAAGAAACAUUGUAAAGAACAUAAGCUUUAUCAGACUCCUUGGUUGAACGACGUCUUAUAUCUACAUUACAAAGGCUUCUCGUUUAUCGAAAAUCUGGAAAAGUACACGGGUUUGAAGACACUUUGGUUGGAGAACAAUGGAAUUCGUGAAAUUGCAAAUUUAGAGAAUCAAAGUGAACUUAGAUGUCUGUAUCUUCAUCACAAUAUAAUCAGCAAAAUUGAAAAUUUGGAAUACCUAACGAAAUUGGACACAUUGAACUUGUCCUAUAAUAUGAUAACAAAAAUUGAAAAUCUUGACAGUCUGAAGUUCUUAAAUACGUUGAAUUUGUCUUAUAAUUAUUUACAAAGUAGUACGGACAUCGAGCAUCUCCGAUUGUUGGAAUAUCUAUCGAUUUUGGAUAUAUCUCAUAAUCGAAUAGAUACAUUCGAUAUCGUCGACAUUCUCGGUGAUAUGAAAUCUUUAAGAGUAAUUACUUUGACCGGUAAUCCUGUUUUAAAGAAUAUUAAAAUGUAUCGAAAGACGAUGAUUUUAAAGUGUAAGAAUCUUCAUUAUCUGGACGACAGGCCGGUCUUUCCACGAGAUCGUGCUUGUGCCGAAGCAUGGUAAAAUUAGAACAAAUGAUAAAUGAUCAAAUUCUAGACUGGAGAGUAUUUAUAAUAUUUGUUUCCUUUUUUUCUUUAUUUUUUCUAUUUUUUUAUUUUUUUUAUUUUUUUUUUUUUUUUGUUAGGAUGCGAGGUGGUCCGAAAGAAGAGGCAGCCGAAAGACAACGAUGGAUUGAGGCAGAACAGAAGAAGAUCAACGAUAGUGUUAUGGGUUGGUAUUAGAAAAUAAAAAUAAGGUAUUAGAAAUAUUAUAAUGCUUUAUAAAUAAGUAUAGGUUAUAUAAGUGAAGAUGCCUAAUAAAUAGGUACUAUGGAUUAUAAUUAGAAUAGAUUGAUCAUUUUUCAUACCUUUUUUUUUAUAUCAUUUUAUUAUUAAAAAAAAAAAAUAUAUAUAUAUAUAUAUGCUUAAUUUUAUUGUCAU